AUGCAAAUCGUGAAAGUCCUCUCCGCGAUCCUCGCAAUGCUGACCCUUAGCGCCGCCGCAGAUCAUGAAGUAACCCUCUACAACGACCCCGACUACAAAGGCCACUCGAAGAAGAUCUCGCCCGACAAAUGCACCGAGAUCAAAGGCGAUCUGAAACAACUCGGGUCUAUCAAAAUCCCUCGCGGACGUGUCAUGUGCGUUUUGUUCAAGUAG